CGGAGGAGGCUGGGAAGAAGGGACUGUUGUGUGAAGGCCUCCGUGUGAGAGAGCACAGUCUACUGUAUUCGAAAAGCGGGAAUGACGGCGAGAUUCAGGACAGUUUGAUGUCUGCCUAGGAUUAUGAGGGCGAGUGCACUCGUCCUCAGUUUGUCGCGACUUCCCUCCUUCCGUGGCUCAGGCGCAGCAUAGCCUACUUUCCUCCCCCCGACUAGCAGCGCCAGAUACCGAAAAAGAAGCCGAGCGACGAGGCACUCUUCCCUUGAAGGGAGCGGACUGUGAUGACAACCCAAACGAGGACGGAAUCUAAAUUGACCUAUCUCUGCAUAAUCUGAAACUCUACCGCAAGAGAGAAACUUUGCUAGCCGCACAUCUUAGACAGCACGACAAGUGUGUCUAUGGUCUGCAUUGCCGUGUUUGCCUAUGGAGAAUGAAGACUUACAUGGUACAAUAGAGAGCCGUUUGGCUUUUGUACUUCUGGAAAAGACCAGUUUGUGAAUGCGAUACUGCGCAGUUUACGACCCGACAGUGCUCUCCUUGUCUCCUAAAUAAAUAGGAUGUGCGUAGCCUGUCAGAGGAGGAAAUCUAUCGUGUCAUCGUGCAUUAGUGUUCUGUUUUAGCCUCGGUUUCAGCUCACUCCACACAUAGCCCAAACAUCUAUAGUUGUGUGUUUGGUUAACUAGCAAGCGGAGUCUGCUUUUCAGUGAAAGCCUCCUCUGAUGUGGCCACGUUGCAUUGUGCCACCACAUCAUUUGUAAUUUUGGAAGGAAGACCCCAAGAUUUGGUCUGGAGGCAUGACCACCUGGCCACACUACCUGCCUGCGCAAUUCUGAUAGAAUUUUGUUGUGGCACGGGUGACACGAAGCUUUAAUCAGUGAAAAUUAACGGACGGUGUUUUAACGAAGUCACGAGCCCUCCCUGGACCUACUGGCUGUAGGUGAUUGCUGAGGAAUAAGGUGCUGUUCAGACUCAAUGGGUCCUGACGCGACUCGGCGCAGCACACAUUUUACCGCCCCAGGAAGAAGAUAAGACUCGGUGUCCAGUCAGGGGGACAGCCUAGGGAAGUAGGACGCUUAUCGGAUUGCAAGACUUGUGCCAUGUACCGCUUUGGCCAGCAGCUGCUUCCCACCUAGAGGUAGCUCCGCCUCCUGCCGUGCGUCCACUUCCUGUUUGGCCCAGAGGAUGCUGGGACUGUGUCGUGGGCGCAGGAAGUUCCUGGCCUUCUCCCUCUUCCUGCUCUUCAUCCCAGCACUCACCUGGCUCUACCUCUCUGUUGGCAACUUCCAAGUGAGGCACCUCCCCCUGUCGCCCCUGGAGCCCCAGUCCUCGCCUCUGAUUGGUGGAGGCGGGGAGCGGCAGGCGCUGGAGCUGCGAGUGCGCGAGGUGGAGGAGGAGAACCGCGCCCUGAGGAGAGAGCUGAGCCAGCCCCCUCGAAGCCCCUCACGCCCACAGCAGCAACAGCAACAACAACAACAAACAGGUCACCAUGGCAACGCCUCGCUCCCGGACUCUGGCGAAGACGCCACCAAGCAGCACGGCGAGGCGCAGAGAGGAGGCAUGGGGGCCAACGGGUCCGACUGCAUGCAACAUCCCGCCGUCGACAAGUGUGAGACGAUCCACUUGGCGAUAGUGUGUGCGGGCUACAACGCCAGCAGGGAUGUGGUGACACUGGUCAAGUCCGUCCUGUUUCACAGACGCAACCCUCUGCAUUUCCACUUCAUCACGGACUCCAUCGCCCAGCGCAUCCUGGCCUCCCUCUUCCACACCUGGAUGGUGCCGGCCGUACGAGUCGACUUCUACGAUGCCGACGAACUCAAGUCGGAGGUGUCAUGGAUCCCCAACAAGCACUAUUCUGGGAUCUACGGUCUGAUGAAGCUGGUGCUGACCAAAGCGCUGCCCUCUGACCUCAAGCAGGUCAUCGUCCUGGACACCGACAUCACCUUCGCCACCGACAUCGCAGAGCUCUGGGCCGUCUUUCACAAGUUCACAGGGCAGCAGGUUCUAGGUCUGGUGGAGAACCAGAGUGACUGGUACCUGGGGAACCUCUGGAAGAACCAUCGGCCCUGGCCAGCCCUCGGCAGAGGCUUCAACACAGGUGUGAUUCUGCUCCUUCUGGACCGCUUGAGGAAGCUCCGAUGGGAACAGAUGUGGAGGCUGACCGCAGAGAGGGAACUAAUGAGUAUGCUGUCCACCUCGCUAGCAGACCAGGACAUCUUCAAUGCAGUGAUCAAGCAGAACCCCUUCCUGGUGCACCAGCUGCCCUGCUUCUGGAACGUUCAGCUGUCGGAUCACACACGCUCCGAGAAGUGCUACAGAGACGUGGCAGACCUCAAGGUGAUCCAUUGGAACUCUCCUAAGAAGCUGCGUGUGAAGAACAAGCACGUGGAGUUCUUCCGGAACCUUUACCUGACGUUCCUGGAGUACGAUGGGAACCUGCUGAGAAGGGAACUCUUUGGCUGCCCCAGCGAGACAGACCACAACAGUGAGAAUCUCCAGAAGACCCUGUUAGAGCUGGAUGAGGAUGACCCGUGCUAUGAGUUCCGUCGGGAGCGAUUCACCGUCCACCGCACACACCUCUACUUCCUGCACUACGAAUACGAGCCGGCAGCAGACAACACAGACGUCACUCUGGUGGCACAGCUCUCCAUGGACAGACUGCAGAUGCUGGAGGCCAUCUGCAAGCACUGGGAGGGCCCCAUCAGUCUGGCCCUGUACCUGUCGGAUGCGGAGGCCCAGCAGUUCCUGCGCUAUGCCCAGGGCUCGGAGGUGCUGAUGAGCAGGAGCAACGUGGGCUACCACAUCGUCUACAAGGAGGGCCAGUUCUACCCCGUCAACCUGCUGCGCAACGUGGCCAUGCGGCAGGUCAACACGCCCUACAUCUUCCUCUCCGACAUCGACUUCCUGCCCAUGUACGGCCUCUACGAGUACCUCAGGAAGUCUGUGGUUCAGCUGGACAUGGGCAGUACCAAGAAGGCUCUGGUGGUGCCGGCCUUCGAGACGCUGCGCUAUCGCCUGUCCUUCCCCAAAUCCAAAGCAGAGCUGCUGUCCCAGCUGGACAUGGGUACUCUCUUCACCUUCAGGUACCACGUUUGGAUGAAGGGCCACGCCCCCACCAACUUUGCAAAAUGGCGGACGGCCACCACGCCGUAUCGCGUGCAAUGGGAGGCGGACUUUGAGCCGUACGUGAUGGUGAGGAAGGACUCCCCCGAGUAUGACCGGCGGUUCGUGGGCUUUGGCUGGAACAAGGUGUCUCACAUCAUGGAGCUGGAUGCCCAGGAGUACGAGUUUGUGGUCCUGCCCAAUGCCUACAUGAUCCACAUGCCGCACGCGCCCAGUUUCGACAUCACCAAGUUCCGCUCCAACGAGCAGUACCGCGUCUGCCUGAAGACGCUCAAAGAGGAGUUCCAACAGAACAUGUCCCGCCGCUACGGUUUCGCCGCUCUCAAGUACAUGACGGCCGAAAACAACAGCUAGCUGUAUCCAUCCAUCCGUCCAUUCAUCCAAGAGAGACACAACACACACUCAACACACACAGGCCCCAUACUCCUUUUCUUCUGUACCUGCAGAUAAAAUGAACUGCACUGUGCAACCUGAGCGUUGAACAGACAAAGCGUUGUUACUAAGCUGCAGACAAUUUGGAAAUGAACAAACAUGGACUCUGCUUCAACAAUGGGCUUACCCUUUUAGCCAAUGUGAACACAUACCCUUUAUGGCUCCAGAUAUGUGAAUGACCUUUUUUGACCCCCAUUUUUUUUGGUUUCCUUUCUAAACAAAACAAACAACACAAGGGAUUGGCUGGCCCAGUCCUUACCCAUCAUGCCUUUCAGCCCCCUGAAGACGAACAAAAAAACAACAAAACUCCAACAAAACAAAACCACCUCAAGUUUUGGAUGUCAGGUAAGAAAACAUGGUAUUCAGGAAAAGACAAGUUCUUGUCUCCAGGCUUUGCUUUCCUUUUAAGCCUGCAAUUAAUUGGGUAGAAAAGGACUGCUUGCUCAGUACCAAUUCUCGGAUGACUGAAAUGUAUUCUCCCCCCCUCCACAGGAUCAAUUUGAUGCUCUAACAAUGAAGAAACUAAUUUGUGGUAGUAGACAAUAGAAUGGACUCCAACAUUAAAGCCCAAAAUCUCUUCUCUUCUCAAGCUUUUAAGAAAGGAACACGGAGAACAAGUCUGCGAAAUUAACACUAAAGGACAAACCCAGUCCCCCCAUCAUUGGAUCUAGACCAAUAGCAAUUGAACUGGAGAGGUGACACUGUCUGCCCCAAGGCCAUUGAUUGGCUGAUGUGACUGUGACACUAUUAUUGUGUGUUAUUCAAAUGUGCCAAAUGGCUCAUCGUGGCCAUGUUAUAUUUUUUUUUUUUCCUUUUACAAAUAGACAAUGUUUUGCUUAAAGGCAUCUGGUGCCAAUACCGAAGAGAGACAAAAAAAAACAGGAAUUGUUUUUAGUCUUUCAAUUUUCUUGCUUUUUUUCUUUUCUCAAAGGGAAAAUAAUUUAACAAAAAAAGAAUACCAUCCAUUGUAUUAUGCUGUUAAGUACUGUGAAGUUUAAAGGUGGGGUUGCAGGUUAACAAUUUUAAGAAUAUGUACUAUUAUGACAUCACGUUGGGGGUUCCGCAGGCUCAUAGGAG